AUGACAACAAUAUACCAGUUCAGUAAUGACUCUUCAAGUGAUGAGGAUGACUUGAUAAUGGUAGCUGCAACUUUAGUUGCCACACAAUCUCUAUAUACAAGAGAACCUUGUAGGGAUGGUAGACAUCCAGGAUCAAUUAUGGUCCAUGAGGUUUUGAGUGGUCAUACGGACCGUUGCUUUCAGAAGUUUAGCAUGGAAAGACAUGUCUUCCAAAAUCUAUGUACACUGAUGAUAUCUAGAGAGUGGUUAAAAGACAGUCGAUAUUUAAGGGUGGAUGAACAAAUAGCCAUGUUUAUGAUGAUAGUAGGAAGGGGUUUCUCUAAUCGGGAUAUUCAAGAGGAGUUUCAACAUUCUGGAGAGACCAUUAGCCGUACAUUCAAGCGUGUUUUAAUGGCUAUGGGAAAAUUGGCAAAAGAAAUGAUCACACCACCAGACAUCCAGAAAAUUCAGUUAGACAUGCAAUCAAAACCAAAAUACUAUCCUUUCUUUAAGGAUUGUAUUGGAGCAAUAGAUGGUAGUCAUAUUAGUGCCAUAGUGCCUCAACAAGAUGUUACUGGCUACAGAAACCGAAAGGGCAUUACCACACAAAACGUGAUGUGUAUAUGUUCUUUUGAUAAGCGAUUCACGUAUGUUUAUGCGGGUUGGGAGGGCAACGCUAAUGAUUGUCGUAUAUUUGAACGUGCAAGGAGAGAUCCAACAUUACAGUUCCCACAUCCACCUAAAGGAAAAUAUUAUGUUGUAGACUCUGGGUAUGCAAGUCAAGUUGGUUACUUGACUCCAUUUCGAGGUGAGAGGUACCAUAUUCCAGACUACAAGGGAGCUGGGAGAAACCCAAAGACUGCUAAGGAGCUGUUCAACUAUAGACAUUCCUCACUUCGGAAUGUAAUUGAGCGUACAUUUGGGGUUCUGAAAAAUAGGUUUAGAAUAUUAAGACAUAUGACUAGUUACUCAAUCAGAGAUCAGACUUACAUUGUGAUGGCCUGUUGUGGGUUGCAUAAUUUUAUUCGUGACGAACAAGAGGCAGACAAAAUAUUUGCUGGUUUAAGUGCUGAUGACAAAGUAGUCAUAGAUCCACUGAAUCCUGUACACUUGCCUUAUGAUACAUCUAUGUCUACUCUCAAUCAGAGAGAGAGUGCAAGAAUCAUGAAUGGAUUGCGGAUAAACAUUGCAAAUGAAUUGGCCAUAAGUUGUAGGAUGGCGCAACUUACAUGA